CCUAACCGGAUCAGGAACAUGGUUAUCCAGGAUAGAUGGCGUCUUGCCGAGGCCGAGUUAGCAAAAUGAGAGGUUUUGGUACAUUUAUCAGCAGAACACUGCUUUUCCUAUUACUUCACUUUACUCUAGUGCAAUGCGAUAUAACAGACGGCAAUGCAGAGCACUUGAAGCGGGAGCAUUCGCUCAUGAAACCGUACCAGGGUGUUGGAAGCAGCCCAUCCAGUCAGUGGGACUUCUGGGGGAGCACGCUAGUCACCAGCUCGUAUGUGCGUCUGACACCUGAUGAGAGAAGUAAACAGGGAUCCAUUUGGAACACGGUGCCUGUUUAUCUGAAAGACUGGGAGAUGCACGUGCAGUACAAGAUUCACGGGUCUGGGAAGAAAGAUCUCCAUGGAGAUGGCAUCGCCAUCUGGUACACUAAGGAGAGACUUCAUCCAGGCCCAGUCUUUGGAAACCAAGAUCAUUUUGUUGGCCUGGCUUUAUUUGUGGAUACCUUCCGCAAUGAUCUCCUUGGGAUGGAUCGGUCCUUCCCCUACAUCUCUGCCAUGGUGAAUAAUGGUUCUCUGCCCUAUGACCAUGGGAAGGAUGGACGUAACUCUGAACUGGGAGGCUGCUCUUCUGAGAUCAGGAACAAAGACCAUGACACCUACCUGGCCAUUCGCUACUCCAAGAGCAGGCUCACGGUGAUGAUUGACAUUGAUGAUAAAAAUGAAUGGAAAGAGUGCAUUGACAUCGGGGGUGUCCACCUCCCCACAGGGUACUACUUUGGAGCUUCUGCUGCUACAGGGGAUCUCUCUGAUAACCAUGACAUCAUCUCCAUGAAGAUGUACCAGCUGAUGGUAGAUCACACACCUGAUGAGGACAGUAUGGACUGGACCAAGAUUGAGCCAAGCGUCAGCCUGCUGAAGUCCCCCAAAGACAAUAUUGAUGAUCCUACUGGUAACUUCCGAAGCACACCUCUUACUGGCUGGAAGGUCUUCCUGCUUCUGCUAUGUGCUCUACUGGGAAUUGUAGUUUGUGGUGUUGUAGGGGCUGUAGUCUUUCAGAAGCGCCAGGAAAGAAACAGGAGGUUUUACUAAGAGGAAAAUCAUAUUUCUGUAUGUGAGAGGUAUUUGUGAAAUUGACUGUUGCGAAGAAUACAGAUUCAACAACACAUUAAACGUUAAUUUUCUAAAGAUUGUACAAAUGUUUAUAUCUGCUGAAGCACUGUGACGAUGACAGUCACUUAUGGUAUCGUUCCAAUGUUUGUGAAAUAACCAUGACUAAUGGUUACUACCACAUGUAUAUGAGUGACCUUUUGAUGGAGGCAGUUUGACAUUUUUGUUUUUAUUCACCCUUGUACAGUACAGGGGAUAAUUGUUGUUGAUUUGGAUCGAUCUGUAAAACACUGAUUAGUUAAAUAACUUUCAAAGGAGAUUUAUUUUCACAAAACAUUCUGUAUAAGAUGCUUAAAGAUUUGUUUUCACCUCAUUUAGCUUUUUGUACCAUUGGGUUCUGAUUGGGCUAGUUUAGACGGUUGAAUCGGAUUUUAUUGACUUUUUACUUUUUAAACUCUGACUGCUCUUUACUUUUGGGUUCAAUAUGAUUGCUGCACUUCUGAUGCUGAUAUGCUAAGGCUUCUUUAUCUGGCCUUUGCCAUUUUCUCUCUCUCUGUGUGAAGUUUUCUUUGUUGACUUAGACAAUAAUAUUUUGGGAGAACAACUACCAUAUCCACACCAUCAGAUGCCCUAUAUGAAGAAUCAUUUGGCUACUAAUAAUGCAGCGAUCGAUUAUACCGACUACAGUUACAUUUUAGGUUUUGACGUUAUUAUACCAUGUGGGUGUUGGGAAGGAUUUCAGGAACAUUCUAAUUUGGUAAGACCUACUGGAUGCAUUACAAAUCUCUACUGUGAGAUAGCACCACCUUACUCAUCUUGCAUUAGAUCGAUGGGAAUUGUGUUUCUGAUAGUUCUGCAAAAGUGUUUAUUUCCUUUUGAGGUGGCUGCUUAUACACUGAUUAUUUGAGUGGAAAUAUCCCUUUACUGUGAUUGAAUGACUCAAACUGAACAAAGCCAUUGUUUAGUUAUGCUGUAAGACUCAAUAAAACUGGUCUCCCCAAAUGAGUAAA